AUGACUACAGCUUUUGCCGAUUCUGGGCAUCGAAUGUCAUAUACAAGCAUCCCUUCGUGGAAACGAAUUGUCGUAAGAGUUGUAACGCCCGUCAAGUUCAAGGUGCCACGAAACCUUCUGGUAAGAUACUCAGUUCAAGACAUCGGGGGAACUUUCCGACAUAUGAGAGAAGUGGAUGACUUGGAACAUGACUCAGCCACAAACAGAGAGGAAAGAGAAACUCAACUUCUUCAAGAAUUAGAGGGCACUGUGCCCGAACUUCGACAGAUUCUGACAGAGCUGGAGAGCAGAGGAAAUUCUCAACGAGACCAACAGCAAAUUGCUUAUGAGACGCUUGGGUGUUUCAAAGACAGCCAAGUCGAUCCCAGACCCCUACCUGAAUUACUAGCAGACUUAACAAAUGAGGUGGACUGGUACGACCCCAACAAGGUUAUAAAGAAGUGUGCAAAGCUGGCGACUGACAAAGGCUACACAGUGUUUGCUCUUCAGUUGUACGGACAGUGUAGGAGUGGAAAACAUGCCGCCAAAACAUAUGACGGGGAUGGAUUAUCUAGCGGUUGUAGUGUCGGUUUAGGAGGCAGGGAAGAGAACUUGGUGUUCAAAAUCAUCCCGCAUGAACCUACAACCGUAGAAACACCAACAGAACCAAUAACGAUUGCUUUGGAGUGUCAGAACUACAUCGCCUUAACUUCAAUCAAUCGAUCUUCAACAUUCGACGAGCCACUCGGCUUAUGUGAUGACAAAUUACAACCAGCAUGGUACAGGUUCCUAGGGCCUGCUGGGUAUAGGAUGCCGACUUCGUGUGUCCCUGUACGUCACUGUGGUACUCAUGCCCCGGGAUGGCUCAACGAUCCUCACCCAGCUGUGCAUGAAGGGGCAGUAAGCCGUGACGUGUGCUUUCAUUGGAGAAGUUGUUGUUCCUGGCGGAAUUCUGUUUUGGUGCGUAACUGUGGAGCAUUCUUUGUCUAUUUCCUUUCCCCGACAAUGACAUGUAACCUGGGCUACUGUGGCAAUGGAGAAGAACCGACAACUCCGCCUCGUGUAAGCACAAUUGCGACGACUGAAUCAGAAACUACGACAUCUGCAACGACCACUAAAACAACAACGGGACUGAAAGAAACUACGACAUCUUCGCCGGCCACUCAAACAACAACGGGACAGAAAGAAACAACCACCUGGCCGUCAACCACCGAAACUUCGACUACUUCAGCUUCGAUCACCAGCACGACCUUGGUGACAAGUUCCAGUCCAACUUUUCCAACAACUCCUGCAACUCCCUUAGAAUGUCUACGCUACAAAUUCCUCAACGAGUCAACCAGAGCUAUAACAUAUUCAAGCAAGAACCGUCAAGCGCUAUGUGACAACAGACUGCCAAAAGCCUGGUACAGAUUUGGUGGGAGAGCCGGCGACAAGAUGCCUGAGCACUGUGUGGACAAACUUAGCUGUGGAACCCAUGCUCCCGGCUGGUUAAGCAGAAAUCACCCUUCAGUAGCAGACGGGAUUGUUGAAGCCACUGUUUGUUUUCACUGGGGAUCAAACUGCUGUUUUUGGUCAUUGCAUAUCAAGGUUCGGAAUUGCGGAGAAUUCUUUGUUUACCAGUUAAAACAGACUCCCACCUGCAGCCUUCGUUAUUGCGCAAACAGACAAGAACCAAAAACGAGUACGCCAUAUCCGUUGACGACAGCGGCUUCACUGUCUCCUGAAUGUUCUAGAUACAGGAUCAUUAGUGAUGCGGAUCGUUCACAAACCUACAAGUACACUAAUGUGCAAGACGCCAAGCCCAUCUGCGACCGAAGGCUGCCCAAGGCAUGGUACCGAUUUACAGGAUUGGCGGGAGACAAGAUGUCACAUCAAUGUGUCUCUCCCUAUCACUGUGGUACCCAUGCCCCCGGAUGGCUGCUCGGAGCCCAUCCAGAGGUAUCUGACGGAGUAGUAACAAGAACGGUGUGUUUCAGCUGGCGAAACAAAUGCUGUAGAUGGCGCAGUCAAAUCUCAGUGAGAAAUUGUGGUGAUUUUUAUGUGUACAAGCUACAAAGAGCACCGAAAUGUAAACUGCGCUAUUGUAGUGUUGGUAAACCAGGUUCUACAACAACGCCAAGGCCAACAAUGAACCCAAAUCCUACAACAGUCGCAGCCAAACGCCCGUUUAUCGUUUUAUGUUUCCCGCAAAGAAUACCCAGCAGGGACGAGGCGUUCCCUUACAAAUGCAAUUACAAACGUCUUGAUUCUGUCGAGAAUGUGCUGAACAACUUUCAACGGCUCCAAAAGCGAAGAGGUGUGGUGGAGAAGCGAGGCCAAGCUUAUCCUCCAUUCAUGGUGAUGUGUUUAAUCGACUCUAUGCACGUGUUCAUUCCACGAAGACAUCUGCCUCGCUCAGUAGAUCCCUGGCGACUUCGCCUCGAUGAUGUGCAAUGCGGAGUGGUACAAAUGAAUGAUGAGCAUGUCAUGCUUAAAACACCGCUGGACGGAUGCGGAACAACUCGCAGAACCUACGAAAAGUCAAUUUCAUUCCACAACAAGGUCGUGACUCCGUCUGGAAUGAAAUUUUUAGAUCUGCCGUUCCAAUGCAGCUACAAAGUUCUUGCUUCGGCUAAGGAGCUUAGCCGCCUAGAACCAUUCCUCAGUCGAGAAGAGCUGGGGCCAAAUCAAGGCCCAAGCUCCAUUCCUUUGGAGAAAUGAAACCUACUGAUGACAUACAAAGCCACUGGCUAGGAAUAACCCAACAAAAUUUCAAG